AUGCAGGAGGGAUUGUCACCCAAUCACUUGAAAAAAGCAAAGCUCAUGUUCUUUUAUACCCGUUAUCCCAGCUCCAACAUGCUGAAGACCUACUUCUCCGAUGUAAAGUUCAACAGAUGCAUCACCUCUCAGCUCAUCAAGUGGUUUAGCAAUUUCCGUGAGUUUUACUACAUUCAGAUGGAGAAGUACGCGCGUCAGGCCAUCAACGAUGGAGUCACCAGCACUGAAGAGCUGUCUAUAACCAGAGACUGUGAGCUAUACAGGGCUCUGAACAUGCACUACAAUAAAGCAAAUGACUUUGAGGUUCCGGAGAGAUUCCUGGAAGUUGCGCAGAUCACAUUACGGGAGUUUUUCAAUGCCAUUAUUGCAGGCAAAGAUGUUGAUCCUUCCUGGAAGAAGGCCAUAUACAAGGUCAUCUGCAAGCUGGACAGUGAAGUCCCUGAGAUUUUCAAAUCCCCGAACUGCCUACAAGAGCUGCUUCAUGAGUAG